UUCCUUCUCUCUCAACUCUGACCUCUAAGCAAGCUACUGAGAAAAUCUGCAAACAAGAAACAAAUAGAAAGGAUGGCAAGCACUACAGAUGCUGGAGAACAAGUGCCAACUUCGUCCAUGCUGAUGGGAGCUGCUAAGCAUAUAGGGACGAGAUGCCGUGGCGAGAAUUUGGCAUUUUUGAAGUGCAAGAAGGACGACCCGAACCCUGAGAAAUGUCUCGAUAAAGGACGCCAAGUUACUCAAUGCGUGCUUCAUCUGUUGAGAGAUCUGCACCAGAACUGUGGAAAAGAAAUGGAUGCAUACGGUGGGUGUAUGUAUUACCACACUAAUGAAUUCGAGUUUUGCCGUAAAGAGCAAAAGGACUUUGAGAAAGCGUGCCCACUCUGAUCAGUGUAUCAACGAAAAAAAUGGAUGCUUGUGAACAUAAUAAAAUCGCGGAUUUCUUCUGUUGAAUUCGAAUGUACUCUUUUAGAUUGAUGAUUUGUCUUUUCUAUUCCUUCCUUUUGUAUGGUAUCAGAAAACUAAUUUCAGUAUCGAGAAAUGCGAUCAGGGAAACCCGUUUAAGUAUCACGAUUCUUGAUUUUUUUUUUACAUUUCGAGUUGCUGCUAUAUAGUCUUGUGUUCGUUUCAAAUGUGAAACAGGAUGUAUGGCUACUUAUUUGAUAUUUCUAUCUUGUUUUCAUGCCAA